AUGGGGCAAGCCAGCCGCAAACUUCCAAGAGCUGCGUGGCACUCCAGCAGCCACGGAUGCUGGAGGCCCGCGUCCAGGGAUGGAUAUGCCCAACCUGGAAGGGCUUCCCCCUCCCAAGAGCCAAUAAACAGGCAGUCCGUCCCCAAGGAUCCGCCUGGCGAAAUCCUGGUUCUGGCGCCGCCAGGCCCACAGCACCAAGUACGAGUCCUGUCCUUAACCAUGUUUCGUGUCCGGCUUUUAACUGAUCGAGUUUCCGUUUUGUUUCACUUUUGGAUCGAUCCACCCAACUUGGAACUUUUCUGUCGUUCUCACUCCCUCUUUGACUCCUUCCUUUGCAUCUUCGAGAGGGACGCCUCUGCCCUUCAAAGGAGGAAAGACGGAAAGACAACCUGCUCAUUGACACCUUCCACAGCGGUCUACGGAGAUUUAGCGCCCAAUCUUCAAUAUGAAAACCACAGCUGUGUCCGUGUUAACGGCGGCUGUCUUGGGGGCCUCGUCCGCUUUCGCCGGUGUGGCCAGCGAUGUGCGCGCCAGAGCGAGCAAGAUUACUCCCAUCACGGUCAAGGGAAACGUGAUUAUCAACCGGGCGGAGCUUCCAAGCUCAAAGAUCCAAUUGCCGAUGCCAAGGAAUGCAAAAGCGACAUCGCCAAAUUCAAGGAACUGGGUCUGAACACUAUCCGUAUUUACACUGUCGAUAACAGCAAGAAUCACGACGAGUGCAUGGCAGCUUUGGCAGAUGCUGGCAUCUACCUUGUCCUCGAUGUCAACACCCCCAAGUACUCCAUUAACAGGAAGGAUCCCAAGCCUUCCUACAAUGACGUCUACCUCCAGAACGUAUUUGCGACCCUUGACAUGUUCGCCCGAUACGACAACACAUUGGCUUUCUUCUCUGGAAACGAAGUAGUCAAUGAUGGCCCUUCCUCGAAAACCGCCCCUUACGUCAAGGCGGUCACUCGCGAUAUGCGCCAAUAUCUUCGUCAGCAGGGCCUGAGAGCAGUCCCUGUCGGUUACUCUGCGGCCGAUGUCGACACCAACCGCUUCCAGAUGGCGCAAUACAUGAACUGCGGCCCUGACGACGAGCGCAGCGACUUCUUUGCUUUCAAUGAUUAUUCAUGGUGUGAUCCAUCCACCUUCGAAAUAUCCGGCUGGAACAAGAAGGUCGAGCUAUUCUCGGGUUACGGACUGCCCCUUUUCCUCUCGGAGUUCGGGUGCAAUACCAACACACGCGAAUGGAACGAAGUGAAGGCUCUAUACUCCGAUAAAAUGACCAGCGUCUACUCUGGUGGUCUCGUCUAUGAGUAUUCCGAGGAACCCAAUAACUACGGUUUAGUCAAACUCGAGGACGGCCAGGCUGUGCCUCUCAAAGAUUUCGACACGCUGAAGAAAGCUUUUGCUGCCACCAAGAACCCAGACGGUGAUGGUGGGUACAACAAGACUGGUGGAGCCAACCCAUGUCCUAAGAAGAAUGCUCCCGACUGGGAUGUCGAUGGUGACACCCUUCCCGCCAUCCCUGAGCCGGCUAAGCAAUACAUCAUGAAAGGUGCUGGCAAAGGGCCUGGCUUGGACGGUUCCGGUAGCCAGAAUGCAGGCACUGGAUCAUCUGGUGGUGCUGAACCGGGAUCUGGAGCUGUAGAUGGCAAAUCUAGCAAACCGGGUAGUGGGAACGCCGCUGUUGGCCUACAGGCUAGAUACCCCGUCGUCGUCGGCGCGUCGAUGCUCGUUGUAACUGCUUUGUUGAUGGUAUAA